CUCUACCUCGCAUCCCUGCACCAACCACCCCCAAGCGCACAACUCUUCCUCCUCGAGCCAAAUCGUUGCUUCUCUUCUUCCCUCUCCAGAAAAUAGCUAGAAAAACGUACACAGAAGAGGGAAGUGGAAAAAGAUCGCCGGGGUAGCAACAAUGGCGGCGAAGCGGUUCCAUGACGGCUACGAGAAGGACCCGGACCAGCCCGAAGCAAAGCGGAUGCGCCGCCUGCCGUCCUUCUCGACGGUGAUCCGGGAGGCCAUGAUGCAGAAGCACUUGCAGAACCUGUUUAGGCUCCUGGAGCCUCUUUUCCGCCGCGUGGUGCAAGAGGAGCUCCAGGCAGGACUCGCGCUGAGCCCGCGCUACAUCGAGAAGUUGCCGCAGAUUCCGCCAGUCGAGCGGCCGACGUGGAAGCUGGCGUUCCGGAACCCACCGCACCCCCCGAUCUUCACCGGCAGCAAGAUCGAGGACGACAACAGCAACCCGCUGGAGGUCAUCCUCGUGGACAUGGGCAUCGGUUCGCCGUCCGCGCUCCCGCAGGCCCUGCGCAUCGAGCUGGUCCCACUCUUCGGGGACUUCCCGCCGGACGACCUCGAGGACUGGGCCGCCGACGAGUUCCAGAAGGGCAUCGUGAAGCCGCGCGAAGGGAAGCGCCCGCUCCUCACCGGCGAGGUCAGCCUCACCAUGAGGGACGGGCGCGCCACCGUGAGCGAGCUCCAGUUCACGGACAACUCGUCCUGGGUCCGCUGCCGCAAGUUCCGCAUCGGCGUCCGCGUCGUGCCGGGAAGCUACAACAGCGCCAGGAUCCUCGAGGCCAUGACCAAGGCCUUCGUGGUCAGAGACCACCGCGGCGAGCUGUACCGGAAGCACUACCCUCCCGUUCUUGGCGACGACGUCUGGAGGCUGGAGAAGAUCGGCAAGGGAGGCACGUUCCACAGGAAGCUGGCGCAGCACCACGUCAAGAGCAUUCAGGAGUUCCUCAGGCUGCUAAUGGUGAAGCCUGACGAGCUGCGCGCGAUACUGGGCGACGGCAUGACCGACCGCAUGUGGGAGGCGACGACGAGCCACGCCAAAACCUGCCUCCCCGGCGACAAGGUGUACGCGUACAGCGGGUCGCACGGCACCAUUUACGUGAACUCCAUCUUCAACCUUGUGAAGGUCGAGUUCGGCGGCGUGGAGUACCCCCUGCAUCAGCUGAACAAGGCCGAGGCGAGCUACGUGCAGCACCUAAUGCGGGAAGCGUACGAGCACCGCAACACUCUACAGGAGGCCGACGCCGUCCUGCUCCACAGCCACGCCGCCAACAACGUUACACUGAUGCACAAUGCAGCACAUGCCGCGCCUGCGGAUCCGACGGUCUGGUUGCCAGGCCCAGAAGUCGACUUCCAGGCCGACGAGGUUCCCGUUCCCCAACCCAACUAUGGCUUCCAGUGGCCUGGCCAAAUGUACAACAUGGCAGGUUAAGAAUUGCACCGGAAGGCAAAGCGGCUGAAAAUCACUUGCAAGGUUCCAGCUAUAGGAUGUACAUUAAGUCCACGAACGUGUGUGUCUCUGUGUGUUGAAGUAACCGCAAGGUUUAAGGGUAGGUGAACUUGAGCGACCCCUCACUGCCUCGCUGAGCAUGUGCCGAGCAUCCGCCGCGAGCAGCGAGAAGAGGCGAGCAAGUGCAAAAUUCUUUGGUUUAAUUCGUAUCCUUUGUUGUAACGUUUCAGUUUUUCUCCUGUUGUUAAGUAGCGCUCUGCUCUGCUCUGAUCUGCUCCCGUAAAGUUGCAUGUAAGAUCAAGGUGGCAACUGUGGGAGCAGGCUACAGGGAGGACUUGUUGUGAACGGAUAGUUCUGCUUUUUAACUUUUUUCCAAAAGUUUUUGUGUCUUGUAACAUCCAAGUCUCACUCAAUAAAGAAAGGAAAUUACCUUUUUUUCUGUACAUACACAA